AAAUAAAGGACUUCUUACUAACAAGUUUCCAUUGAUCGAAUUUUAUUAAUAUCAAUUUUCUUAGGCUGAAAAUAUAGAAUACAUUGUGGUUCUGAAAGCACUCGAUGUAGGUCAAUGGACCACAGCUGACGAUUCGGCGGACUUUUUUUGACAUGGCUUUUGGCUUCAUUUCAUUAUUUUGACAUUUCGUGAUUUCGAUGUCAAGCGCUACGUAUUUCUUUGAAAAAAGUAACUUUUCCAUCCGUUUUCUUUCUAUAUUCAGAUUUUUCAAUCGAAUAGUGUCUUAGGGACGAGGGUGGAGCCCAUCGCUGUGAUUAAAUCGAGUGCGGACAUGAGAAAUUCCGCGAGAACCAUGUGACACGAAUACGAAAAAGGGCUUCCAGACCGUCAAUGUGACAGAAAUGUUUUCUGCCAUCGCGACGAGCCAGCGCCACCGCGGAGCCGAUACGAGCACGACGCGAGAUAAACGAACGGCGAUAUAGGGCAAGAGCGUCAAAAAUGAGCGCGAGAUGGCCAGCCCGCCACCGAACCCUAAGGAAGGCGAGGAGGGCGGCUCCGAGUUCAAAGAGGAGCCGAGCGGGGAACGCCCGACCGCCCCGCAGAAGACGUUCAUAGCACCGCCCGCAUCGCAGCUGCCCACGAAGCUGCAGUACGUGACGCUCGGCGCGUCCGGCCCCAGCGGCAUCAAGCAGUUGUUCCGCACGGUCAAAGUGGCGCGGCGCAUCCCCACGCUGCCGCGGCGGCCGCGCGAGGGCGAGGGCAGCGCGCCCGGGCCCGCCCUGCCCGAGCCCCGGGAGCCGCGCGCGCGCAAGGAGCACGCCAAGCGCCAUGUCUGCGGCACCUGCGACAAGCGGUUCUCCAGCCCGGGCAAGCUCACGCAGCAUGUGCUGUCGCACACUGGCGAGCUGCCCUUCUCCUGUGACCUGUGCGACAAGCGCUUCAACUCCAAGUUCAAGCUUGUGCGCCACAAUCUGAUACACAGUGAGGCCCGAGCCUUCGCCUGCAAUGUUUGUGGUAAGACUUUCAAUCGUAAGGAUCAUCUCACCAAUCAUGUAAGAGUGCAUAAUCCAGUUAAAAAGCUUUAUACAUGUGAAAGGCCAGAUUGCAGAAAAUCCUACACAUCCCUUUUGAGUUAUCGAAAGCACGCUGCCCUGCACUCGGCCGAGGAGGGCAACCUGCAAUGUAAGAUAUGUGAUAAGAAUUUUACCACCCGGCAAGAUAUAAUAUAUCACCUUAAAGUUCACACUGGUAGUCGCACUGUUAAAAAUGAUUCUGAUAAAAAGUUUACCUGCAGCUAUUGUGAUCGAAAGUUCUUUACAGCUAAAGAUGUUCGCCGGCAUCUUGUCGUACAUACAGGUAGACGUGAUUUUCUAUGUCCUUUUUGUCCACAAAAGUUUGGACGGAAAGACCAUCUGGUGCGGCAUGUCAAAAAUGCACAUCCUGAAGAGUCAUGGAAAUCUGCCGCUGUAGGUACAUCCAGUGAGCCGCCACCAGAGGCCUCUGCAUUUGAAGAAACAUAUACUGAGUAUCCCUUAGAAGGAACAGAUUUUUCUAUGUGGAAACCAGACUCGCCCAAAGAAAGUACAUCAGAGGGAGGUCCAACCAGGGUACCGUCUACAGAUAUUAUUGUGGAAAUGCCACCAGAACUUGAUAUAAAAGUAGAGCCUAUAGAUAUUAAGCUGGAGGAAUCCAUGGAAAUAAAGUUGGAAGAGCCAGUGUCACCGGGGUGCACACUAUUGCCAGUUGAGUACCCUAUGAUGUUUAUGGUGGCUCCACCGUACACGCAGACGCCAUCCGACUUGCCUUUUCUGUCAACAACAGAGCUUCCAGAUGCAAUGGAAGCUCACUUGCUCCAUCCAGGGAAUGUGGAAUCCCUGUUGAUGGAUCCGGGCGAGGGCCCUUCCGGUUUGUCGAGCCAGAUGCUAGGGCUUUUAGAGGAUAGUGAGCCAACAUUCACAGGCGAGGAAGGCCGAGUUCAGCAGCGGCUGCCAGCGUUCACGCAGGCCUUCCAGACGGCGCAGAGCCCUAAGCCUCCGCCGCCGCCGCCCCCGCCGCACUAACCUCGCAUCACCUGACCUCCCAUGCCAUUUGCAUUUGAUGUGCUGCUCGAGAACACCACGAAGGAGUAUGCAGUUGUGCAUUCGACUGCGGAUGGCAUCAGAAGGUUGCGAAGGGUGAGAUUCCUGCAUUUAGCUUAUGUGAAUACCGAACUACCUCACUAGGUAAGGUUGAUCUAAGCUGUAAAUAGUCUUGAGUGCAGUUAGUAUUGCAAGUUGUAAUAUUGUUGGACUUGAUUUUCAUCUUGUAAUCAUAUAGGUACGGAGGCCAGAGGGUGCGCGCCCUCUGGUUUAUUUUGCCAAAUUGUAUAUUUGUACGUCUCGGGUAUACCAAAAUUACUUCCGAAUUCUACAUGAAUAUGUGAUCUAGUCGUGUAUGUACUUUCGGAAUUAUAAUAUUGUUUAUUUAUAGCGUACAUGACGUUUAUGGAGUAUAAUUGGGACCAACUCUGUGAGCUGUUAGAUGGGUACAGUUAGUGCUUAGUUGAGGCGGACCGCGCUCGGCCCGACGCGAGUUAGUUAGCAGAAUACGACCGGGGUGUAUGGCUCUUGGAAGCAGUGAGCUAUUAUAAUAUGUUUUAGAGAGGCUUGCUGCUUCCGACGCGAUAUUGUAAUACAACAGAGAGCAUAUUCCUUUCGAAUCAAUAAAGUGAAUGUAAUAUUCUGCCGGAGUAGCUUAACAUCAGAUCUGUCUGUAACUAGAUUGAUAUAUCAUCCUUAAGUGUAUGUGCUAAGUGUUCAUAACAGAGUUAUACAAUUGAAGGCUUUAUGUUGUAUGGUAUUAGGGUUCCAUUUCAUUCUACUGUACAGAAUGACAUCGAAGUCCUUUAGACUCAGCAGACUUGAGCUAGAAACAAAAUGCAAUAAAAAUGAUCAAUAUACCUCAGAGGCACUCGUGCUUCCUAUAGAAUAAUAAUAUAUAAACGAUACUAAUUGGGUGUGUGUCUGAUGAGCAAAGUGGACGACUUCGUGUUCGUAGUAAUAACAUUACAGCGUUAUCAUUUUUAUUAUAGCAAAAAUGUGCCAAAAGUGAUAGGAUUGUGGAUAAGUGAAGUCGACGUUACUGAGAUCGUGAAUCAAAUCCAGGUUUCAUUUGCUCGUUGGGCUCGCGUGUGCAGGAACUUAGAGUCAUACAUUAGAUCUUCCGCUCGAUCUGCCUUUACGACGAUACCUAUGCCAAAAUUCAUAAUUCUGACCGUAAAACUUUCUUAAAUUCACACAGAAAUAAUUUUGGGAAUUUGUAACUUCACUGGAACAUUUUUCUUGGCAUACGUUAUAGAAUAAUGAGCCAAAUUUUAUGUAAUUCGUUUAGUGAUGUGUAAGUGUCAGAUUGUUAAUGUUGUUAGAAUUUAAACAACUUGUUUCGUUCGACAUGGAAGGAUAUUAUAUCUUGAAUUAGAUGCAAUACAUUUCUUUCAUUCAAGAUUUUUACCGUGGCGUGCACACCUUGCAAGACAUCUUUCUUCUUGUUAUCGCUGUCAGGCUUAAAGCCUGUUGUUCCCCUUUUGCAAACCAUUACUGUAGAAUCAUGUUUUCGGGUCUUGUCGACUCAGCAUUCCCGACUUUGGAUCCCCAAAUCACUUAUCACCCAAAAUUAUACAGGGACAAAGAAAAUAAUAGAAUCUUAUAUUUGUAUAAUGACUCUCUUAAUAAGACAUUGAAUUCGAGUAACUUAAUUAGAUUUUAAUGUGGUAUGUCGUUCGUCUUAUCGCGAGUUGUGCACGCGCUCCGUUCACAUCAAUUAAUUUUAGAGCGCUGUCGAUAUUGGGACAUCAUUACAUUUUUUUAAACAUUAACCUCGAGUAAUUCACAGAAAACGAAAUAGCUAUUCAAUUUUUAUAUAAUUUUUAGAGCCAUUUUGGUUUAUUAAUUCGAGACAACAAAGGAAACAACGCUCAAAGUUAACAACUACCCGAAUUUAAAACUGCUUUCAUGCUAAAACAAUAAACUUGUCAGACGGGUAGUUGUGAAAUUACGAUUAGUCUUUUGUUUCUAAGCAGUAUAAUCAUACUCGUAGUUCUACUUUUGUUCUGAUAAUGCUGUUAUAUGAAUGGUUCUGAACUCGGAAGCGCGCUGAAUCAUUUUGAUAGUCUCAUUCCUGUCGCAUAACAUGUUUUAUAAGUUUAAUAUUUUUCGGUAAUAUAAAGGUUUAAAUAAUAAUGGUCAAUGUCGGCGUCUAGUAAUGCAAGGAGAGCAUAUUAUUAUGGUGAGAUCAUGUACACGCUUGAUAAGUAGAAUAUUAUGUGAAUAAUUCUAAUCUAUUAGGUUAAUAGGACUGUAAAAAAUUUAAUCUACCUCAAAUGCAACUUAUUCUUUUCUAGAAAUUUAAUUGUACUAUGUUAGGUUAGUGAGAAAGUUAGUUUUUUUUUUCUAUUUGAGAAAUACACGACCAUAGGGCUGGUUGAAUCAGUUAACACCUGUUGUCUUAAUAUAAUGUAUAAGUGUGUGCUGCAUAUCGAAAUCUUUAUUGAUAUACAAGUUAAAUAUGUAUGAUUAUUAUUAAUUUCGCUUUUAUUUUAUUGUGCUCUAUAAGAGUGGCCUUUGAGUUCAAUGUUGAAUAUAUUUCGGAUCGCGUUAAUACAAAGUUUAAAAUCGAAAGAUCUGGAGUUUUAAAGCUAAUGCAAGAAAAAAAUAAAAAUAAAAAAAAGUUUAUCUAUAAUAAUGUUAGGACCUUUCCUAUCGCGCACAUUUGGUUUAAGUAAAAAUAAGAAAAUUUUCAUAUAUUUUGUAUAUCGAUGAUUAUACAUAUUUCCUUUAUGCAGAUAUCAGAAAAGAUUUCCGCAAAAAUGUUUUUUAUAAAUACAAUUUAUAUGAAACUGUUAAUGUUUAAGUUUUUUCGACUGUUGUAUGUAUUUGUUGGAAAUAUUUUUGCUAAAUCCUUCCCAAGGUUAUGGACUGAGAAACGAUCGGUUAGUUCGAAAUGUUUGUUUAGCUUAGAGCCAAGUUCCCCUCAAUAGAGCCUACAUUAUCAGUUCAAACCUAAUAUGUUCCUUGUUUUUUGAAGUAAUAUACAGCAUAAUGGUUAAUAGUUUUUUACGACGAUAUUUUAAUUAAUAGGUAUAAGUAUAGAUGAAACAAACUGCCGAUUUUUGACCAGUCUACGCCCUGAAGCCACUAGUCAUAUACAAUAGCAGUACAUGAUAUUCUCAAAUAGGCAGUUAUACGAGUGAUAUUUACCUAUCUGAUGAUUUACAAUAGAUUUACAGCAAUUGGUGCAAAACAUUGAGUACAAAACGUUACACAUAGUGUACAAAUAACGUCGGAUUUCAUCUAAUUACUGCCCAACAAGAUAAUAUGCGAGAGAAAAUGAUUCAUCGUUAAUCAAGUAGUUUACAACAAAGAAAAUAACUGACUCCAUUUUCGUCACACGAUAAGGCUGGGACCUAAUUAAAUGAAAUCGGCGCUUAUACUAUUUUCCUCAUAUUUUAUAUUUGAUACAUAAAAAUAUACAACGACACAAUGCAAUAUAUUUUUAUAGUUUUUUUUUAGAUUGUAAAAUAAUUAUUAAAAUAGUUAACAUAUCAAAGACUACCAAUGUACGGCCGUUUUUGUUGUCAUGUAACUUCAAUAUUUAAUAUUAAAGUUCAUACCUGUAUUUAUUUAUUUAACAUUUUAUAGUUAACAGAUGUCGAUCGACGAUAAAAUCUAUCUGUUUUGGCGACACUAUAAGUGUUUACCGUUUUUCUUUAUUGGGGAAUAUCAAUGCAUAAUUGUUAACUUUUUCAUGUACCCCAGUUUUUUUAUAGUUUUUAUCUUUAAUGAGUGUAACUCAUUAUAUUUAUAUUUUUGUAAAAACGAAAUUAUGUUGUGUAAUACCAAAUACAUAAUUAUUAUCAUAUUUUUUAUUUUGUGCUUACAUCUGUAAAGUUUCGAAUAUUUUUUAAAUUUCUUUAUGUAAGUUUGGUUACAGCAACGAAGCUGCUGUGAGUGAUAGAAUAAUAUUGUUUUAAAAUCAUGUUGAAUAUAAUUUACGAUGCCUUUAUUAAAAUUGCAUUUUGAAAUAAUUUUUCACAGAUGUUCUUUAGUUGAACCAGAAAUUUUGAAUAAACGUUUCUUUAAUAUUUUCUGCGUGAAAACUGCACAAAACAAAAUUUCAGGUAGUAUUCUCUUACUCGUAGCAAAAAAUUAAAAUUUAUGUUAAAAAAAAAUGAUCAAUAGAUUUUAACGAUAUACGUAAUUUUGGUACAUACAUAGGGGCCUUAUAAUAAAUAAAUGUAGAUGAUUUAUUUGAUUUAUAAAAUGGAAAAAAAUAUUUUUAGAAACGUAUGAUAUUUUAAUAGAAGUCUAUUUUUGUUACGAUUUUAUGGAGUAAUACAUAUUGAAUGUUUUUAAAAAAGUACGUAACGUUUCUGACUGGCAAUGUUGUUAAAAAUCUAAAUAAUAAUCACGCUGGUAGCUCAGUCUAUAAGCAUGGCAUAUAGUGAGCUAUUUUACGCAGACGAACCAAAAAGUUUUAUUUUAGACCGUCCUGAAACUCUUUCCAUGUUGGGCGCAUUUAUCCAUGAGUUGCUUUGAUAUAUCUAGAUUCAGACACCAGCACAUCAAGCUACUUUAAUCGGCAAAAUCCCAAUCGACAUUGAACCUUAUACUUAAAGAGAUAAAGUUGAAAAUCUAUUGGAGAAAUUUGACAGAUUGCAGUAGCUUGAUAUGCCGUCGCGUCUGUACCUAUAGCACAUUUUGUACCGCAAGCAGCUUACGACCGUUCCCAAUAAUCUAUCUGUUGUUUUGGUUACUAGAGAUAGGAGUUUAACAUUACUUCUUUGGGGCUAAAGGCAAAACUCUAACGGUAGUAAGAAUCAACAGAUAGAGAAUAUUUGGAAGUGUUUCGGACAUAGAAAUUUUUGAGGCCUAAUCCUUGAUUUUUAAUACACAUUGCCUAAUUGGACGAUAAUACUAACGAAACGGUACCUUCGCAGGAUAGCCUAUUAAUAAUAAAUUAUAAACAAUGUACCUGGUUUAUAAUAACAUGAUGUAAUUGUCUUCAUUAUAAUAAAUAUUUGGAACAUCUA